AUGGUAGACCACUGGUUAGUAUCCAAGCCAAUGUCAGCAUUAUUCAGUAGAAGUGCAUCUAAAUCUAAUAAGGAUGAAUCAGCUUCUCCUAUUGUAAAUUUGGGGGAUUUUCCUCUAUCUCCAGGUAAUGAAACAAAGUUAUCCAUAUCAGAUAUUAAGAAAGGUUCAUUGUUGAGACUAUUCCAAUCAGAUGUAUUUGACGCUCAUUUGCAUAUGUAUUAUUUAUAUCACCAUAAAGAGUGUGGUGUACAUGAAUAUUUGGUAAAUUUACUUUAUGAGAGAUCUGAUGAUGUACUAUGGUAUUUACCUCAAUUAUGUGAGUUAUCUGUUACAAAGAGCAGCCAAAGUAGUUUGUGGAAAUUCUUUCUAGAUAAAGCUAGUGAGAAUAUGCACUUUUCCUUAGUAUUGUCAUGGCUAUAUCAAGCUAUGGUUGAAGAUAACAUAGCAGAUAUAGCUCCAAUAGCUCAAAAUAUGAUUCAUAAAAUUGAGAUGGCAGUAGUAAAUAGUAAAUUCAGACCUAAAUCAAGAUAUAUUGAAAAACUCAUGCUUAAUUUAGAUGAUAAUAAAGAUAAAACUAUUACAAUAGAUAAUAAAAAAGACAAUAUGGAAAUAUCUAUGACUAAGUGUUCAACAGCUCCAAGUUGUGAAUCAAUAAAUAACUCUAUAAAUUCUCCAAUUCCUGAGGAUUCUAAAGGUAGUAGUUCUACGGGAGAUAAGGUAGAAAUAUGCAUUGAAGAGGCUUUAGGAGUAUGUGGAGAUAGUCAACCAAGUAGUGAUGAUAAUACUAAGAUAUUUUCUGAUUCAUCCUCACUAUAUUUAAUGACAAUCCCUUCUAUAGGUUUAAUACCUUCAUCGCAGACUAUAACAAAAAGCUCUAAAAAUUUUGAACCUACAGUUAAUCUUUCCUCAUCUUGUUCAUGUGACAUGUUGCCUGAUAUUUGGAUACGUAGAAUACUGAGUGAUUCUAUAGAUAGUUAUGGGGCUGAAAUAAUACAAGAAAAUUUGGGUAUAAUUAAUAGGCAAUUCAAGAGGCUUUAUACUAAGGAUAUUGUAGCUGCACAUUAUAAUCCUAAUAGAAAUUUAUACAACAGUUCUGCAAUUCCAUUUAGUGUCAAUGUAAAUAGCUGUGGAGAUUCCGGCAAAGUCCCAAUUCCUUAUUUCUUCUUUAUAAAACUUGGUUCUCCUUUUGAGCUUAUAGAUGUCGGAACUGUUAUUAGGAGUAUUCAAGGGAGAUUUGAAAGAAAGAAAGCAGUUACCACUACACUUGAUAAUGAAGAUUAUAGUGAUUUACUUGAGGGAGGUUUCACAAAUACAGAAGACUUUGCAAGUUGUAUAUCGGAGAUAGAGAAGCAUAGUGAGUCUUUAUACUACUUGUUGAAACAACAUAGAUGUAAUUACUUUAAUAGGAUAAAUCAAUUUGUACUACAAAUCCUGGAUAUAUCAACAUUUCUGCAGAAUCAUGUGCACAAAGAGCAUCGUUGUGAAGUAUUGGAAUUUAUCUUUGAAGAGUUGAAUUUAUGGCUAUUUUAUUCAAGGUUUACAAUUGCAAUAUCAAGAACAACAUAUGUUUUAAAUGGUUUAACUCUUCCAAUGUCAUUUUUAGAUCAUAUUGGGCCUAGAAGUUAUCCUUUAAAGGCACCAACUCCUUUCAACUAUUAUGAGGAUUCAAGAGAUUCUAGACGUUUGUCACUAAACCAUUGUCAAUUUCUUAAGAUUGUUCCUAAUGAAUUCAAAGUCUUUAAUUCUCGUAAGCGUGUACACUUUUUAUUUGUUGUUGAGGUAGCUGACUUAGAUGACAAUUCCGAGAGUAAUAUUGUAGAAAGUUUAGUCGCAAAGGAUAUAUUACUUUACUUACAAAAUCAUGGAAUAUCACUUCCAAAGAAUAUUUGCAAGGUUAAGGAUUCGAUUACUGCGUCAUCUAAGAAUGUAUCACCUCACUUUAGUACACUGCUGAAUUUUCUAAGUAUUCUAGUGAAUGGUGUCCCAGAUUCAAUGGAUAACAAUACUAGUAUGAAAUUAUCUAGUCCUAAUAUUGAAGAUCAAGUAGAUUUAGAAGAUGAUUCAAGUUGUGACUCAGCUUUUAUGAACUCUAAUGAGAAUAAUCUUGAAAUUUUAGUAAAUGAUAGACAUGAACUAGAAACGAACUGGCCACAAGAGCUGUGGUGUGAAAAAGUUGAAAGGAUUCGUCAAACAUCACCAUUCUCAAGUUUGAGAAGUUGGGGCUUAAAGACGGUUUUAUUGAAAUCUUCUGACGAUUUGCGUCAAGAGCUGUUAGCUUCUCAGCUAUUGCAACAAUUUGACGGUAUUUUUCGUAGUAACAACUUGCCACUAUGGCUUUAUCCAUAUGAAGUCUUAGUUGUUGGGGCUCAUGGAGGAUUUAUAGAGUAUAUUCCAGAUACAUUUUCGAUAGAUGGGCUCAAAAGGAGGCUACAAACUGACAAUCUGCAAAAUUGCUUUGAAAAGUUAUUUCCUGAUAAUAAUGAAAGAUCUAAAGCAAGAAUAGCAUUUGUAGAAAGCCAUGCAGCUUAUAGUUUAGUAAGUUACUUUCUACAAGUUAAGGAUCGUCACAAUGGGAAUUUCCUUCUAGACCGUUUCGGCCACAUUAUUCAGAUAGACUAUGGUUUUAUGCUAAGUAACUCACCUGGAAAUGUAAAUUUUGAACAAAGUCCAUUUAAGCUAACUCAAGAAUUUUUAGAUAUUAUGCUAGGUGAAAAUUCCUCAGAAUUCCAAUACUUUGUGGAUCUUAUUACUAGAGGAUUCCUUAUUGCUAGGAAAUAUGUUGAUCAAGUAAUCUUAACUAUUGAGAUAAUGACAAGUUCUUCUAAAUUACCAUGUUUUGCCUUGCAAACUAACAAAAUUUAUCUAAUUCAAGAUAUUAAAGAUCGCUUUUUCCUCCAACUUACUGAGGAGCAGUGUAUUCUAAAGAUUUCGGAACUUAUUCAGACGUCAAUAAAUAAUUGGAGAUCAAUUCAAUAUGAUGCCUUCCAAAGACUUACAAAUGGAAUUCUAUAG